AUAUAUCCCAAGGAUAUGGAAGCUCCUGCUGGCGGAGUGGAUGAUAUGACCAAGCUCUCGUAUCUGCACGAGCCUGGAGUUUUGCAGAACUUGAAAAGUAGAUAUGAAUUGAAUGAAAUAUAUACAUACACUGGAAACAUUCUGAUUGCUAUAAAUCCAUUCCAAAGGCUACCUCACAUUUACGAUGCACACAUGAUGCAACAAUACAAGGGAGCACCGUUUGGUGAAUUAAGCCCUCAUGUAUUUGCAGUUGCUGAUGUUGCUUACAGGGCUAUGAUUAACGAAGGAAAAAGCAAUUCAAUUCUUGUCAGUGGAGAAAGUGGAGCCGGUAAAACUGAAACUACGAAAAUGCUUAUGCGAUACCUUGCUUAUUUAGGAGGAAGGGCUGCCACCGAAGGAAGAACAGUUGAACAGCAAGUUCUUGAAUCAAAUCCAGUGUUAGAAGCCUUUGGAAAUGCUAAAACUGUGAGGAACAACAAUUCGAGUCGAUUUGGUAAAUUCGUUGAGAUCCAAUUUGAUAAGAAUGGAAGAAUCUCAGGAGCAGCCAUUAGAACAUACCUUCUAGAAAGAUCUAGGGUUUGUCAAGUAAAUGAUCCUGAACGCAAUUACCACUGCUUCUAUCUUCUCUGUGCUGCACCGCAGGAGGAAGUUGAGAAAUACAAAUUAGGACAUCCUAAAACAUUUCACUACCUUAAUCAGUCAAAAUGUUAUGAACUGGCCGAUAUAAGCGAUGCUCGCGAGUAUCUUGCCACUAGAAGAGCUAUGGACAUUGUUGGAAUAAGCCAAAAGGAUCAGGAAGCAAUUUUCAGAGUAGUUGCUGCUAUUCUUCAUCUUGGUAACAUUGCGUUUACCAAAGGAAAGGAAGCUGAUUCAUCUGUUCCAAAAGAUGAUAAAGCCAAAUUCCACCUGAAAACCACUGCUGAGCUUCUCAUGUGUGAUCUUGCUGGUUUGGAAGAUGCAUUAGUGAAGCGUGUGAUGAUCACCCCAGAGGAAGUUAUUAAACGGAGCCUCGAUCCGGCAAGCGCAGCAAUAAGCAGAGAUGGCUUGGCGAAAACAAUAUAUUCUAGACUCUUUGACUGGUUGGUGGACAAGAUUAACAAUUCGAUCGGACAAGACACGACUUCUAAAUGUUUGAUUGGAGUCCUUGAUAUCUAUGGCUUUGAAAGCUUUAAAACCAACAGCUUUGAGCAGUUUUGCAUUAAUUUCACAAAUGAGAAGUUGCAGCAACAUUUCAAUCAGCACGUAUUUAAAAUGGAACAAGAAGAAUAUACAAAGGAGGAGAUCAAUUGGAGCUACAUUGAAUUUGUUGACAACCAAGAUGUUUUGGACCUUAUUGAAAAGAAACCUGGUGGAAUCAUUGCUCUCCUUGAUGAAGCUUGCAUGUUUCCAAAGUCAACACAUGAAACGUUUUCAAACAAACUGUAUCAGACAUUUAAGAAUCAUAAGCGCUUCAUUAAGCCAAAAUUGUCUCGGACAGAUUUCACUAUUUCUCAUUAUGCAGGCGAGGUGCAAUACCAGUCUGAUCAAUUUCUAGACAAAAACAAGGAUUAUGUUGUCCCUGAGUAUCAAGAUUUGCUGGGUGCUUCCAAAUGUUCUUUUGUAGCUGGCCUUUUUCCUCCACUUCCAGAAGAGACAUCAAAAUCUUCCAAAUUUUCUUCAAUUGGUUCUCGCUUUAAGCUACAACUGCAGUCACUGAUGGAUACAUUAAACUCUACAGAGCCUCAUUACAUUAGAUGUGUGAAACCAAACAACCUCCUGAAGCCUGCAAUUUUUGAGAAUCAAAACAUUAUGCAACAACUUCGUUGUGGUGGUGUUUUAGAGGCAAUCAGAAUUAGUUGCGCGGGCUACCCUACUCGGCGUGCUUUCUUUGAAUUUAUGCAUCGGUUUAGCCUCCUCGCCCCGGAGAUCGCAGAUUCACACCACGAUGAGAAGGUUGUUUGCCAAAAGAUUCUAGAAAAAAUGGGGCUUGCUGGAUAUCAGAUUGGAAAAACAAAGGUAUUCCUAAGGGCAGGUCAGAUGGCUGAACUAGAUGCUCGUAGGGCUCAAGUACUCAGCAAUGCAGCAAAAACUAUCCAACGGCGUGUACGAACCUAUCAAGCUCGACAACAUUAUCUUUCAUUGCGGACGAAGACCAUAUUCGUGCAGUCUGUGUGCAGAGCAAACCUUGCAUGCAAACUUUAUCAGAACAUGAGGCGGAAAGCAGCUGCAAUAAAAAUUCAGAAGCAUGCUCGCAGAUAUGAAGCUAGGAAAUCAUAUAGGAAACUCCACGCAUCAGUUCUUACCUUACAAACAGCUUUAAGGGCAGUGGCAUCCCUUAAAGAGUUCAAGUUUAGAAAACAGACUAAAGCCUCAAUCAUUAUUCAGGCUCGUUAUAGGUGCCACAGAGCUUCUAAAUAUUACAAGAGGCUUAAGGUAGGAGCAAUAGUCGCACAAUGCAGAUGGAGGGGGAAGAUGGCCAGGAGAGAACUCAGGAAACUGAAGAUGGCUGCAAGAGAAACUGGUGCACUUCAAGAAGCAAAGGACAAACUUGAAAAAAGGGUGGAGGAACUCACCUGGCGUCUCCAACUAGAAAAAAGUUUGCGGACCAACCUCGAAGAGUCUAAAGCACAAGAGAUAUCGAAACUGCAGAAUUCAUUACAGGAGAUGCAGGGUAAACUUGAUGAAACCAAUGCUCUGCUUGUCAAGGAGCGAGAGAAUGUAAAGAAGGUUACCAUCGAAGCAACUCCGGUUAUCCAAGAAAAGGAGGUUAUUGUUGAAGACACUGCAAAGAUUGACGCACUAACAGCGGAAGUUGAGAGGCUAAAGACUUCCCUUGAGACGGAGAAACAGAAAGCUGAUGAAUUUGAAAAGAAAUAUAAUGAAAUCCAAGCUUCGAGUGAAGAAAAGACUCACAAAUUAGAAGACACAGAGAAGAAGGCUCGUCAGCUCCAAGAAUCACUACACAGGCUGGAAGAGAAGAUUCAUAAUUUAGAAUCAGAGAAUCAAGUUCUACGUCAACAAGCUCUGUCCAUGUCUCCUAACAAGUUCCUCUCAGGCCGCUCCAGAUCAAUUAUGCAGAGAGUUGAGAGUGGACAUAUUGCAGUGGAGUCUAAGCCAUCUUUGGAGAUGCAUAGUCCAUCAAUGAACCACAGAGAAUCCUCUGAAAUGGAGGAUAAGCCACAGAAGUCAUUGAAUGAGAAACAGCAAGAGAAUCAAGAGUUGCUCAUUAGAUGCGUUGCACAACAUUUAGGCUUUGCUGGAAAUAGACCAAUUGCAGCCUGUAUCAUAUACAAAUGCCUAUUGCAUUGGAGAUCGUUUGAAGUUGAGCGUACCAGUGUUUUCGAUCGCAUAAUCCAAACUAUUGGGCAUGCAAUUGAGACACAGGAGAACAAUGAUGUCUUGGCUUAUUGGUUAUCCAAUGCUUCUACGCUUCUCUUGUUACUCCAGCGCACCCUUAAAGCGAGUGGUGCAGCUGGAAUGGCUCCUCAACGCCGUCGUUCUUCAUCAGCAACUCUUUUUGGAAGGAUGACACAAAGUUUCCGUGGAGCACCGGGGGGAGUGAACCUUUCUCUCAUCAAUGGUGGCAUGAAUGGUGGAGUGGAUGCAUUAAGACAAGUUGAAGCUAAGUACCCAGCUUUGCUUUUCAAACAGCAGCUUACAGCUUAUGUGGAAAAGAUAUAUGGAAUGAUCAGAGAUAAUUUGAAGAAAGAAAUUUCUCCUUUGCUUGGAUUGUGCAUUCAGGCACCAAGAACAUCCAGAGCAAGCUUGGUUAAGGGAUCAUCACGUUCAGUUGCAAACACCGAAGCUCAGAAAGCCUUGAUUGCACAUUGGCAAGGGAUAGUUAAGAGCCUUGGAAACUUCUUAAAUACUCUAAAAGCAAAUCAUGUUCCUCCAUUCUUGGUUCGUAAGGUGUUCACCCAAAUUUUUUCAUUCAUCAACGUCCAACUUUUCAACAGUCUUCUCUUAAGACGAGAGUGCUGCUCAUUUAGCAACGGAGAAUAUGUGAAAGCUGGUUUGGCUGAAUUGGAGCAUUGGUGUUAUAAAGCAACAGAUGAGUAUGCAGGCUCAGCUUGGGAUGAACUCAAACAUAUAAGACAGGCUAUAGGAUUUCUGGUCAUACAUCAAAAACCAAAGAAAACGCUGGAUGAAAUAAGUCAUGACCUAUGUCCUGUACUUAGUAUACAACAGUUAUAUCGAAUAAGUACUAUGUACUGGGAUGACAAGUAUGGCACACACAGUGUGUCCCCUGAUGUCAUAUCCAAUAUGAGAGUGUUGAUGACUGAAGAUUCAAAUAAUGCCGUUAGUAAUUCUUUCCUGUUGGAUGAUGAUUCAAGCAUUCCAUUUUCUGUUGAUGACAUAUCAAAGUCGAUGGAACAGAUAGAUAUAUCUGAUAUAGAGCCCCCACCAUUAAUUCGUGAGAAUUCUGGCUUUAGCUUCUUGUUGCCACGCGCAGACUGA